UAUUCUAGCUACAUAUACACAAAUAGAUUAUCUUAGACAUAACAAUGUACACAUUUAAAUUUAGUAUAUUAAAACAAAAUUUUAAAAAAUUUGGGUGUGUUAUCGGUGAAUUUGGUUAAAAACAAUGGAGUACAACGACUGUAAAUUAUUGGUGAGAAUGAGAGUUCCUAGGGAUAGGAUCCACAAAGCAGCUGUAGUAACUGAGAAUUUGUACCACUUUCCCAUUUUUCCUAAACUCGGUAAAAACUAUCACGAGUUUGGAGAGUUUUCAUGUUACAAAAUCGCAGAACUUGAGGUCGAUGGAGUGAUGAUUCUACUGGUAUAUCACGGAGUUUCUGGAAAUGCUGUAUCUCCCAUAUUGACGGAGCUACUUGAAAUGGGCGUAAAAAUCGUUAUAAGGUGCGGGAAAGCAGGCUCAUUCAAGCCUUCUCAGGUUAAAAGUGGAGAUAUAUAUAUAUGCUAUGCUUCCAUGAGAGAUGAUUCAAGUUCACUUGCUGAAAUAGACGUCAAAUACCCAGCUGUGGCUGAUUAUGACGUAAUAGACUGCCUUGUAGAUACUGCAGAAGAACUUGGCAUUAAAACAAACCUGGGAAUAAACUACAGCACCGAUUCUUUCUAUAGAAAAGUCUUCAAAGACGACCCGAGGGAUGAAUAUACCUCACACAAUAUAGUUGAUACUGAAGAUAACGAAAGUGCUAUAAUAUUAGUGUUAUCAUCGCUUUACGGAGCCAAAGCAGCAUCUGUCCUCACUGUAGACGGAUUUCCUCUUUUAUGGGCAAGAGGUGGAUACCUUGUUGGUGAAAAGGCCGUCGAUAUUGGAAUUGAGAAAAUGAUGGGUCUUGGAGUUAAAGCGGCUUCAACUCUCACCAAAAGGUUUUUCAACAAUUAAUUU